UCCACUCUAAUUUCCGGUAAGGGUUUUCAAAAUAAGACAUUGUGCUAGCGUGAUUAAAGAAAAGCUGCAGGGUGAGACCAUAGAAAAAAUGUAAAGUCAAAUGUUUACUAUGUGACUUGAAGGUCAGCUCGUUCAAAAAUCUUGCCCCACUGGGAGCAAGACUUAAGUAAUUGAGUUUAUUCAAACAAUUUUUAGCACUUCCGGAAUGAGUGGCCGCGGCAAGCGAGACACGCCAGUUAAAGUGGCGUUUACCUGGCAACACGCUCGGAAGAGACGUCAGAAAUGCAAAAUUUACGAAACACUUCCUGAAGAGCCUGACGUGGACGAGGACCCGGAUGUGAAGAAGGACCCGGAUGAGAAGAAAUUCAAAUGGGCUGCCCAAACCAGCGCCCAGUCAUCACCAUGUCAAUCAUCGAGCACCGCCUUCGCCCGAAAAAGGAAUAUAACUCAGCAAGAGCUGACACUAGAGGGCGCCAUAACAAAGCCCAUGGUCUCGAGUUCCAGUUCAGUUGAUGAUGACGAGGAUGAUGACAGCUUCUCCUCAUACUCCAGCUCCGUUCCUUCCCCAGAGAUCUUCCGGGACGAACUCUACGCGGCCGACACCUCUCAUUUUCCCGCCGUGGGCGACGUGGCGGAUCUCCACGUGCAGGUGAAGAACUCCACCUUGAUCAGCAGCAGCCAUGCCGAGAGCAUCCUCAGCCACCCGUCCCCCAACGUCUCCACCAUCUUGGUUGCUGCAGAAAAGCCCUUGAAGACAAUGACGUCCCCUAAACUGUCCACCAGGAAGCGACUUCUGUGCAAGAAGGUUCGCUUUAAAAGCCCACUGGCGGCGGCGAUGCAUGCAGACAGUGGCGAGUCGGCACCAGCCAGGUUCUUCGACUUCUUCAGCGAGUCCCAGGCGCAGGACUUCUUGAGGGGAUCCCUGGAGCGAUGUGAUCAACUCUCAAGGGUGGCUUCGUUUCCUCUCAGGGUUGCACCCAACCGGAAGUAGGCCUGCGACAUCUUCAGUCCUGUCAAACUAAGUUAGUGCAAAAUAUAUAACUAAUAUAUAAAUAUAUAAAAUAUAUGAACUAUUAUUUAUUCUCUAUAACCGGCAUGCUCUGCUAUUUUUGAGGAACCUGUUGCAAAAGGACCUGUCGAAAAUCCCUUAUAACCAGAAUGCUCUGUUGUUAUUGAUAACUGGUUUAAAAAAUCCUAGUCAAAAAUCCUCCUUAACCAGAGUGCUCUGCUAUUUUUGGGAACCUGUUGCGAAAAUACCAGUCAAAAAUCCUUUAUAACUAGAAUAAUAUGUUGUUUUUGAUAACCUGUUGCAACAAUGCCAGUCAAAAAUCAUCGAUAACUAGACAGCUCUGCUGUUUUUGAGAACCUGUUACAAAAUACGCGAGUCAAAAAUCCUCUAUAACCAGAGUGUUCUGCUGUUUUUGAGAAGCUGUUGCAAGUAUGCCAGUCAAAUAUCAUUUACAACAGAGUGCUCCUCUUUUAGAGAAGUGGUUGUCAGUAAAAAAAAAAAAUCCUCUAACUGGAUUGUGCUGUUGUCUUUUCAAAAACAAAGCUUCUCAAAUAUCCUCUAACAAGAGUGCUCUGUUGUUUUUGAGAACCAAUUGUAAAAAUGCUAGUACACAAUCAUCGAUAACAGAGGUGUUAUGCUGUUUUUGAGGAUGCACCACAAAAUACUAGUCAAUGAUCCUCAUCUACUGUUUUUGAGCGAUAGUACAAAGACACACGCCAAAGAUCCUCUUUUUUACACAAACACUGCUGUUUUUGAGACCCUAUUGAAAAACUCCUGGUCAAAAAUCCUCUAUAAACAGAGAGCUCUCCUCUUUUUGAGAAACUUUAGCAAAUGUGCCAGUCAAAAAUCCUUUAAAACCGGAUUUCUCUGCUGUUUUUGAGAAGCUGUUGAAAAUACGCCAGUCAAAAAUCCCCUAUAACCAGAGUGCUUUGCUGUUUUUGAGAAACAAUUUUAAAAAUGCUAGUACAAAGUCCUCUAUAACAGAAGUGUUGUGCUGUUUUUGAGAAUCCACCACAAAACACGAGUCAAUGAUCUUCAUCUACAUAAAUGACAGCAGCACUCUGCUGUUUUUGAGAAAUAGUACAAACACACAAGCCAAAGAUCCCCUUUUUUUGACACAAACACUGCUUUUUUUGAGACCCUAUCGAAAAACUCCUGGUCAAAAAUCCUCUAUACCCGCACUGCUCUGCUGUUUUUGAGAGCCAAUUUUAAAAAUGCUACUAAAAAAUCCUCUAUAACAGAAGUGGUGUGCUGUUUUUGAGGAUCCACCACAAAAAUAAAAGUCAAUGAUCUUCAUCUACAUAUAUGACAGCAGCACUCUGCUUUUUUGAGAAAAAGUACAAAGACACAAGCCAAAGAUCUUCUUUUUUUUGACACAAACACUGCUGUUUUUGAGACCCUAUUAAAAAACUGCUGGUCAAAAAUCCUCUAUAGCAGAGUGUUUUGCCACUCUGCUGGUUUUGAGACCUUAUCGAGAAAACUCCUGGUCAAAAAUCCUCUAUACCCGGACUGCUCUGCUGUUUUUGAGAGCCAAUUGUAAAAAUGCUAGUAAAAAAUCUUC